CAUUGUAGGCUGUUGGUUCGCUGUAUAUAUUAAAUCCAAGUAUACGUGCACCAAAGGCGUACGUAUGCUACGUAAGGAGAGAGAAAGAGACAGAAAAUUCCCGAGUUGCGCAGUAGAGCGAGCUAUUAGCUAACUCUAGCUAAAAUCCUUACAGAAGAAAACACACACACACGUACGCAUCGAGGCUCUCCAGCAGCAGCACACGAGCUCCGAACGAGAGAGAGAGAGGAGACUGUGCUGUGGUCCCCGUCCCGUCGUGCAUGGCCAAAAUAUUAAUACGCAUCAUGUGUCAGAAGGAAGCAAACAAAAAACUCAUCGGCAGUGCGUGAACGUGUCGUCGUAUAAGCGCGUGUGUAUACAAAAACAAGAAGCUGCCUUGUGCGCUUGUCCCCGAGGCAUCGUCGUCGUCGCGCAAACACGCGCAAGAGAGAGCCGCAAAAAUUCUCUCUCUCUCUGGGAAUAGAAUAAAACACUCCUCGUAUACGUGCGUGCGUGUGCUCGUCUAUUUGUGUACUGUUGCGUGAGUGAUAUUAUAAAGUGCGCAUCGAUUAUAAUAAAAGUUCGCUCUCUCUGUCUCCAAGUGUGUAUGCGUUAUAAUUUUUCUGCAUGUAUGCAUGUUGUAAGUUGCACACACAACCGCUGCUGCUGCGUAUAUAUGAAUUAUUGUUACGAGGCAGUGUAUAGCUAAUGCUGCAUCCGCAGCUACUGGGCUCUGUUACUCCGAUCAUGCUACUUCUCGCAGCGACUUAUUGGAUACGAUAAUGCUGAUAUCGACGUUUCACAUUCCAAAUUGCAAUUAUUCCUGAGCCGCUGUUAAGAGCACACCCACGCACAGACAGACAGGCGUGUAUCAUGUGAUCCUGAUCAAACGGGAGAUGAGGAUCGUCGUCGACUCGUUAUCGAUAGAAGCGCGUAGCAGUUCGAUGGAGGGCUGCUCUCAACCGCAAGAAGAACAAUAAAUCUCCUUUACUCGAGAGAAGAAUAAAGAAACGAAGGUAUCGUUUUAAAAAAAACCCCGAAGCCAUGACGGCAGCAACAACGAGGAUAACAACGAGGUGGUGGUGGCCGCUCGGGCUGCUGCUGCUCGUCGUCGUUACGUCGACGUACGCCGACGUGCUCGUUUUCUCCACUGUGGAUCCGCACCGGGUCGAGGCGAAUUUCGAUGAUUUGCCGGCCAAGUUCGGCAGUAUUGUACCUCCGGAAGGUAUUAAAGGCUUGGUGAUCUACUCCGAGCCAUCCGAGGCGUGCUCGGAUAUAAAACCGCCCCCCGCGGACGAUCCCAGGGCUUACGGCUACAGCUGGAUCGUGCUGAUCGCUCGCAACAAUUGCAGCUUCGAGGCCAAGAUCAGGAACGCCCAGAAAGCCGGCUACUCGGCCGCCAUCGUGCACAAUGUUCACAGCAACGAUUUGGAACCGAUGUCGGCCAAGGACCCGACCAACAUAACGAUUCCGUCUGUAUUCGUGAGCGAGUUCGACGGCAACUUGCUCAAGAACGUCUACUCGUACAGCGAGGACUACUUCAUCCUCAUCAACGAGAUGCCGAUCAACAUCAACACGCACCUACUGUUGCCGUUCGCCAUCGUGGUGGCUAUCUGCUUCCUGGUGAUGGUCAUAUUCAUGAUUGUCAGGUGCAUCAAGGACAGACGCAGAGCGCGGCGGCAUCGGCUGCCCAACUCGAGCUUGAAAAAGAUACCGACGCACAAGUACACCAAGGGCGAUCCUUACGAGACUUGCGCUAUCUGCUUGGAUGAUUACGUGGAGAACGAGAAGCUUCGAGUGCUACCCUGUGCUCAUGCCUAUCACACAAAAUGCAUCGAUCCGUGGUUAACGAAGAACCGACGCGUCUGCCCGGUGUGCAAGCGACGAGUCUUCGCCGCGGACGAGCGCGUCGACACCGACACCGAGAGCGACUCGGACGUCGACGACUCGACGCCGCUCAUACGCGACGGCCAGCGGCCACAGGGCACCCAGGGCGGCACGUUCGACUCGCAGGCCUUCGAGGCCGUGGCCAACGUCGAUCCCGCCUGGGAGCGUAUGCGCAGGGAGCGAGUGCUGCGCGCCUUGAAUCUGAUGACGCAGAGCGAGAGCUGGCCGCCGAAUCAGCCGUCCCAGUCGACGGCCAACGGCGGCGCUACCGGUGGUGACCAUCAGCAGCAGCAGCAGCAACAGCAACAACCAUCGAGGUCCCGUCAUCAUCGGCGACGCAGCGAUUCCGAGAGCAGCUACGACUCGUCCUUGGAUCGUCGCCAUGUAGAUGUAACCCACACGCAAGUCGUCAACGAGGCCUGCAGUAGCGACAGCGACGUUUACGAGGACACGACCGAGUCCGCGACGGCAACCGCGAGCAGGCGUUUUUUGGGCUUGGUAGCCAAUUCCCUAAAUAUACCCGUUGAAGAUUUGGAAAAGGGCAGCAUAGACGGGGAUUACGAUUCAACUGUUAGAGUCAGUCACGUCGUUAACGAGAGACAAGCGAGGAACGGUUCGAGAGACGAAGGUGCUAUUAAUCCAUUGCCAACAGUUGUUGUCAUGCAGCCUCACGAUGACAAUGAUAUUGUAGUAUAAUUUCCCCUUACUUAAUCUCUCGAUAUGGUAAUUUUACAUUUCUGGUAAUUUGAAGGAAAAAAAAGAUUACUGCAACGAUACCAAUAUUGUCAUUACUUUUUAGAGUUUUCAAAAUUACUUAAAUACCAAGAAGUGAUUCAGUGGUUCACCAAGCUGGAUGAAUUGGAAAAAAAAUGCGAUGUAGCUUACAUCUAGAAAUUCCAGUCUGUUUCUAUUCUGGUAUUGUAACUUGCGAAAGUUUAAAUCAUUUAUUUUGCGUGACUAUUGUAACGUCACUAUUGGAAAAUUGAAAUUCCGCGAAAAAGGCUAUGUGAAAUGUAUUAAAAGCUCCCUCUUUGAAGCGAACAUUCGCUCACCGAAUUUUCGAAAAUAUUUUUACCGGAAAUUGAUGAUGCGCGUCUGCUUUUAAGUAAACUCAUAAGUUUUCAUUCAAUUGACUAUUGAAAGAAUGCAAGAAAAAAUCAAACGAGAACUAGUUAACAUGUUUUUUUUUAAUUUUUCAAUACACUUGCGUUGAAAGGAUAUCGAAUCCAAUUGACUUGCUUAGCACAUUAGCCUGUGAUACAGGAUCAUGUUUAUCCUCGAUUUGUUUAUACGAUGAUGGUAAAGACCAAAGUGCGAUGGGAUUUUUAUAAGAAAUUAGAUUGAUUGUAUAAUUUAUUUAAUCCUAAGGACAAGAUGAAUAUUUACAAGAUUAAUUUUAAUGUAAUGGAUUAUGUUUUCUGCAGUGAUGGUAAUACCUCCUUACUCGAGUUUUUGCUAUUGGCAACACAAACACCCAGCUUAUGACCGUCAAUUUUAUCUAUGACCAAUGUUAAUUUUUCCUACACUCAGCCUCCGUUUUCAAGUUUUUUGACUGUCGCAUUUGCUUAUAAAAUGUAUUGUGAACAAUCGCAAACACUCUUACAAUUGACGUAAAGCGAUGGGGGUCUUUGUGUUGCCAAUAUGGUAGGAAAAUAAAUCUCAUAAAAUAUUAUAUAGAUGGUAAUAAUUUGUAAGUGUAUAUAAAAAAUAUUUGAUAACUGCAAAAACGUUUUAUAAUCGUGAUACAUUUUGAAAGGUAUAAAAAAAAUGGUGCAAAAUACAGUGGAGUAUCCGAGAUGUGGUUUAUUAAACUUGGGUAUUCGACGAAAAACUUUUAUUUUUGAUGGAUUCUCGAAGAGAAGGUGACUUGUUCUAUAGAAGUGUUAAUACACUUUUUGAAGGAACGCCGAAUCGAAUCGAUGAACGUUCAAUGCUGAGCGUUCGAUUCGAGUGGCGGGUCGAGGUUUGCGAGUCAAUGAAUUGUUAUUGACAAAAUGAUCAACUUUUUUUAAAUUUACAUACCAAAAAUUUAGUCUAAUGAGAAAAAAAAAUUCCCCAUGUAACAAAUUAUUACUUUGUUUCCCAAUUCUUGUUAUUGUAUUAAUCAUGAACACCCAACACGUUGAUACGAUUGAAUAAUGGUUGGUUCAUUUUGUAUAAAGCCAUGUAAAUAGUUUAUUUUGUUCAAGAUCCUCUAAGCGGGAGAAAGAGACGAUGCGUUAAUUAGUAAUGAGGGCGUUUUACACGAACGAACGAUAUAAUGAUCGCAUGAAUUUUAUAAAAAUGUGAUGAUGAAAAUUGCUAUAUAACUCAUCUGAUUCUUACUUAUAAAAAAAAAUAAAAGCUUCAAAUGUUAUUAAUUAUCCACCCUUUUAUUAUCAAAUACUACUAUUAUAAACUAUUUCAACUUU